UCUGGUCUUGAAAGGUCCAUGAAUUAUGGUUGAUCCAGCAUGGCCAUACAUGGCAUACAUAAAAGCCAUCUCCAUCAUCAAUUCAUAGAUGUAUUUACAGUACACAAACACAAGUGGCAGACUUUGGAUCCAACAAUUCCUAAAUCGAAGGAAAACAAAUGGCGUCAGAUAUUAUAGGCUCAGCCCUGAGGAAAUCCCACCAUUUGCCCCCAAGGGGUCACAGUUGACCCUCCCGAGGAUAAAGGCGGCUGCUGCCAUUACAUCUCUCUUUCGCCGGCCGACUUCCUUCCAAUAUCCGGUUUCAAUCAUUCGCAUAUCUAUCCCUUGAAACAUAUUCCCGGAUCGUGCAUGAUCUCGAUGUUGUUCAUACUUUCGCUUCUGUAUUCAUCGAUUUUGUGCAAUCCUGAGUCUAAACGCUCACAAGGGAUCGCAAGCCAAUGGUUUUUCGGCGAUAUUAAGGUGUAGAGACAGGUAGAAAUGGCUUCUGAGAUUUAUAGGGAGAUGCCUAUGUUACUCCACAACAAAUCCGCUCCGUUUCAGGAGUUGCUGGUGAUUUCGGAAGAUGAGGUAGAGACAGAGAUGGAAAAUUCAUGUGGAUGGGUGGGAAAUAUAAUGCUUGAGGUAGAACUCAGGAAGAAGAUAUUGAUAUUCAGAGACUUCAUCGAUCUUCCUCCGUGUGAUCCCUCCAGUCCUAUUCAUAACCUGAUGAUGCGAACAGUGGAAGAUUUAUACAAGCUAUACCCAAGCAUCAAGCCUCAAAAUCUAAUCUUGGAGAAAACAGAACUAUCGAUCCACGAGGGACUGAUCAAUCUGUACGAUGCCUUGAAAUCUGUUGAAGGUUCAUGGGCCAUAAACAACAGCUGGAUUUCUAACUUCGAUGAUUCCACAGAGGACAGCUUAGAGAACGACAGUUUAGAUCAACUCGGUGGAAGAGUGCUCACAAAGCUCCAUCACUUGAUUAAGUUAGCACGGGAAAUGUUUGAUGUAAUGGACGACGAAGAAGAAUACGAGGAUAGAGGUAUGCAAGGCACCAUUUUUGGAGAUAUAUUAAACGAGUGGUAUUCAGAAAACAAAACCACUUGUUCUUCUCCAGAUACCCCGACAUUGCUCCACCUUGAGUUCACUGAAGACCCUUUCUUUGAACCAUUUCUGUUGCCGCGCCGAAUCCAAGCGGUGAGGCAGUUGAAGCUCCUCGACAGUAAUAUGAGAUCCUUCUCAUUCAACAGACUCUUUCACAAGCAAGGCCACAACCUUGGGAAAGAAAUUAACAAGGAGGGAGGACCGAAGACGGAUGUACAAGAAGUCGAUGAAGAGCCAUCUGUUGAAAAGAUUCACAAGGACUCAGCAGAUUUGGACGCCACAAUCGAUAAUUCAAAUGGGAUGCCUCGGACAAGAAGUUUACGAGAUGUGAAAGCACCACCUCUGCCACCACCAACACCAAAUUGCUCUUCUCCACCGCACUAUCAGCAGCCACGGUCUCCACACCCACCAAACCCACCGCCAACUCCAGCCUUCAGAGGAGCAUUAAAGGAAGUGGCGCCGCCGCCGCCACCGCUGCCGCCAGGAGGAAUGGCGAAGGCCCUGAGAGCUAAGAAAGCAAAUGCCAAGUUGAAGAGAUCAACUCAAAUGGGAAAAUUGUACCAGGUACUGAAGGGAAAGUUGGAAGGAAGGAAUUUGAGAGGUAAUCUAUCACAGCGCAGAAAGGCACAGUUUGGAGCAUCAUCCGGACAAGGAAUGGCCGACGCAAUCGCAGAAAUGACCAAAAGAUCAACGUACUUUCACCAAAUCGAAGAAGAUGUCGAGAAGUACAGCAGUUCAAUUGAAGAGGUUAAAACUGCCAUUACUGCUUUUCAAACGAAGGACAUGGCUGAGCUUGUUAAAUUCCACCAGUACGUAGAACAACACUUGGAGAAAUUAACCGAUGAGACUCAGGUGUUGGCAAGGUUUGAAGACUUUCCGACCAAGAAGCUCGAAGCACUGAGGAUGGCAGCAGCAUUAUACUUGAGAUUGGAGGGAAUACAUACUGAGCUACAAAGCUGGAAAGUAGAGCCUCCUCUGAACCGGCUCCUCAAUAAGAUCGAAUCCUACUUCAACAAGAUCAAGGAAGAGAUAGAUUCACUUGAAAGGAGCAAAGACGAAGAAAUGAAGCGACUCAAUAGCCACAAUAUUCACUUUGAUUUUGGGAUAGUGGACCGGAUCAAAGAAUCUAUGGUGGAUGUUUCUUCGGGCUGCAUGGAGUUAGCCCUCAAGGAACAAAGAGAGAUAAAUGCAGCAAGUGAUACAGAAAAGGGGUCGAAGGCCAAUAUCAAGGCAAAGGCUAGCAUAAAGAUGCUCUGGCGAGCUUUUCAGCUCGCCUUUCGGGUCUACAACUUUGCAGGUGGACAGGAUGAUCGAGCUGAUCAAUUGAGUAAGGAGUUAGCUCAAGAGAUUGAAGCCGAUCCCCAGCAGGAGUAAUCUAGCUAGGCUUAUCUAUUCCCAGCAAUUCUGAAAAUUAUUAUAUUUCACGAUAAUCCUAGUUGCAUAUCUGAUCACCUUCGAGAUCGGAGCAACUGACAGAUCCAAGCGCCAAUGGUAUUGGAGAUACUUCUUUUGUAUGAAGAUAAGCUAUUGAUCCGGUCACAGAGUGUGCCAUUUUGAUAAUAUAAGAUUAUAGUAAAAGAAGUUUAUG